CAAAGUUUGCGAAGAUAUUUUAUUAGAAAGCUGUCGUUCAAAGUUGUCGUACGUAAAAAUUCUUCGCUUAAAAUUUGAAAAAAGUUUUUCGAAAAUGGUUGAUUCAAACACAUUCAAAGUGUUCUCGCAAUUUGGUGACACUCAAUCCGAUGGUACAACAAUUACGUUGAAAAAUUCCGACAAAUGGAUGAAAGAAGCAAAAUUGUUCACCAGAACGUUUACGACAACGGACACCGGCAUUGCUUUCUCCAAAUUCAAAGUAAAGAAAAUGCCCUUCAAUACCUUCCAAGACUACAUCAAAGACCUGUGCAAAUCGAAAAAAAUGAGCGUCGACAAUUUUGUGAAAAAGUUGAACGACUGCAAUGUGCCCGGUGUCUCCAGUGCAACGAAAGCACUGCCAAUGGGCGUAACCGACCGAUUAACAGACACUACAAAAUAUACCGGUGCACAUAAGGCAAGAUUCGGCGAAGAUGGUAAAGGCAAAGGUAUGGAGGGCCGAGAAGAUGUGCACGAUAACGAGGGAUACGUACAGGCGUACAAAGGAAAAGAUACAUUCGACAAAACUCAUUAACUAAAUGCUUCCAUUUUCCAAUAAAAUUUAAUUGAAAAAUC